AUGAUCGCCCGCCUCAUCGCGUGCCGUGACCGACUCCUGGAAGCCAGUGAGCGCGGCAUGGACAUUGACCGGGGACAAGACGUGGGCGCCAGCGGGCGCAACGAUCGGGAGUGGAGGAUGUGGACGCAGACUCUGCCGCCCAUCGCUUUCGAAAUUGCCAGGGAAACAAAGGAGCUGGUUCAACGAGUUGACCGGUUGGCCGGGAACGGAGACGAUGACUUCUCAUAA